GUCACUGCCCAGUAAUCGAAAAUCAUGCUUAGAGAAACCUUCAUUCUUGAAUGUUUAUCUAUCCUAAUCCUAAUCCAAAUACUUCAAACAUCCAGCGAAAGCAAUAAUCUCCAAUGCAACCGUUCUGCCUGUGGCAGCAUUCCUGUUGUCAGCGAUCCUUUCCGAUUAAAAGGGGAUCCAAAAAGCUGUGGUGAUUCCAGCUAUGAACUAGUUUGUGAAAACAAUACAGCCUCACUUUAUUUGAACUCUGAAAAGUACUAUGUGCAAGCCAUCGAUUACCAAAAUUUUACCAUUCGUCUAGUUCAUGCUAGCUUAAAAGCUUAUCCUUGCUCCUUCCCUCCGUAUUUUCAGUUUCAAUACAUCCUCUCUCUUGAUAAUUAUCCUUAUAGCCUCUACGCCUACAACUCAUCCAAUUCACGUCACUUUUAUAAUAUAAGUUGGCCUAUUAAUUUUAUGAGCUGCCCAUAUCCCAUAAAUUCUUCUUUCUUUUUGGAAACUGCUUUUUGUGGCAACAGGGUCAUUGAUUCGAUUGAUUCUUAUUCAUCAACCAGAAGAUACACGUAUGUUAAGGUUGGAAAUUUGAAGGCAUCAGAUGUAAGAGAUAUGUGCAGUAUAGAUUUCAGUGUGCCGACAUCGUGGCCAUUUAAGAAUGUCAAUAAUAUUUCGCUUUCUGACAUCCAUAGCUCUCUGCUAUAUGGAUUUGAGCUUUCAUGGUUCACUGUGAAGAUUAGCUAUUGCAAAAGGAGACACUAUUGUCCAAUUUGUUAUGAGAAGGGGACUGCACGCUUCUGCCCCGACGUCAGUGUUGGUCAGUGGAUUCGCAGCAUAAUUUAUUGUAACGAUCCUUUCACAUUCUCUUUUCUUUAUCUCGAUUUAGCCCUUGUUUGAUCCACAUUAAAUUAAAUUACAUUACAUUCCAUUUUUCUCUCUCCUAUU